AUGAAAAAACGUUAUUUUACACCGAAUGACAUUCUGUUACACAAUUCACCUGACGACUGCUGGGUGUCUUUUCUCGGCAAAGUUUAUGAUCUCACCCCAAUAUGUGCCCAAAACAAAGGCAGUAUUCUCCUACAACCAAUCUUAGCUGAAGCUGGCAGAGAUAUAUCCCAUUGGUUUGAUACACAGACAGGUGAAGUACGACAUCAUGUUGAUCCAGUUACUAAUUGUUAUGUACCAUACACACCAUUUGGUCGAUUUGUAAAUAUACCACCACCAUAUCCAACAACCGACUGGGCAACUGAUUUUGGGAUACCUUGGUGGAAAGAUGAACGGUUGAUGAUUGGAUAUUUGACAAAGAAAACAAGAUUUGUGCGUAUUGUUAAUACACUUGCACUGCAUGAACAUGAAAUUGAGGUAUGCGUUGAAGAAACAAUGACAGAUAUUCUUGUACGUUAUUUGAAAUUCAAUGCACACGCAGCUUCAUAUACAUGGAAGUAUAAUGGUGUUGUAUUAGACAUGGAGAAAACACUUGAAGAGAAUAAUGUCAAGGAAGAGACACAAGAUAUUGAAGAUUUAUUUAUGCCACAGAUAUACCUAUAUUAUAAUGAUGAUUUGACUGAAGCUUAA